AUGAAUAAGAGUAUCGGCAUCGGCACCGUCCAUGGAACACCAUUUUGGCGUACAACACCAAUUAUUGAAAAAAUAUCAAAUGAUUUAGGUACACUUGGUCGUACGUUUCCUAUUAUUCAAAAUGCUGCUGAUUUCUUUACAAGAAAAAUUCCAUUCGAAAUUAAAUUUUACACUGGAAUUAUUUAUUCGUGUCUGUAUGCUGGUGUUGGAGAUCUGAAAACAGAAGUGAAUGAAGCUUUAAAUGGUAAAAUUAGUGAACACUGUGCAAUGAAUGAAGAUAUACGUGUGAAAUUAUUGGGUAAUAAUCAAUUAGCCGUUGCAAUUACUGCUAUACCAACUGGUAGGUGCGAAUUCUUUGCCGGUCUCAUCUCAAUGGUCUAUUCACUUAUUAAUGUAAUGAUGUUUAUGACAAUUAAUUCCUAUUCAUCAUAUGGUUUUAUUAUUGGACAAAUGCUUACAUUGAUUUUAACACUUUGGUCACUAUCAUAUUUUGUUAAUUAUCGACGUAGACAACGUGAAGUACGACAAGAUGAGCUUGGUUUUAUUCGAGUUAAAACAUAG